CUCUGGUGCUGGCUCAGUCCGGGCAGCUCUGCUCGCCGUCCUCGUUCCGGGACCGCGGGAUGACACCGCCUCUGCCCGGAUGCACCGCCCUCGGCGUCCUGCCCUCCCGCGUCCCCGGCCGGCCGCCUCGGCCCCGGUUCCCGCUGAGGCUGCUGCUACUGCUGCUGCUCUGGGCGGCCGCCGGCACCCACGGCCACCCGAGGAGCGGACCCCGAGUCUCUGCUGUGUGGAAAGGUCUUUAAGAUGCUGAGCAAUAAAGAGUCUCUGGAUCAGAUCAUCGUGGCCACCCCAGGCCUGAGCAGUGACCCCAUUGCUCUCGGGGUUCUCCAGGACAAGGACCUUUUCUCUGUCUUUGCUGACCCCAACAUGCUGGAUACGUUGGUACCUGCUCACCCGGCCCUAGUCAAUGCCAUUGUCCUGGUUUUGCACUCGGUGGCAGGCAGCACACCACUCCCGGGGGCUGACUCCUCCUCCCGGAGCACGCCCUCCAGCUCGUACAGGGACAUGCCAGGUGGCUUCCUCUUUGAAGGGCUCUCUGAUGAUGAGGAUGACUUUCACCCAAGGGCCAGGUCCACGCCCUCUAGCAGCACCCCCAGCUCCCGCCCAGCCUCCCUGGGGUACAGUGGAGCUGCUGGACCCCGGCCCAUCACCCAGAGUGAGCUGGCCACUGCCCUGGCCCUGGCCAGCACUCCAGAGAGCAGCUCGCACACGCCAACUCCUGGCACCCAGGGCCAUUCCUCUGGGACCUCACCCAUGUCCUCUGGGGUCCAGUCAGGGACGCCCAUCACCAAUGACCUCUUCAGCCAAGCCCUACAGCAUGCCCUGCAGGCCUCUGGGCAGCCCAGCCUUCAGAGCCAGUGGCAGCCUCAGCUGCAGCAGCUGCGAGACAUGGGCAUUCACGAUGAUGAGCUGAGCCUGCGGGCCCUUCAGGCCACUGGCGGGGACAUCCAAGCAGCUCUGGAGCUCAUCUUUGCUGGAGGAGCUCCAUGACCCCCCCCCCGCCCCCCUGCUCCUCCUGAACCCCCAGCAAACUGCCAAGGUGGCUGCCCAUGGGAGGCACUCCUGGAGGUGCCCCAUGUCUCCUUUCCCCAAUACACCUGAUGGUUGACCUUG